AAAGCAUAAAAAGACCAAGAGAGUGAGAGAGGGAGAAGGAGAGAGAAAUGGGGCAAGAGGAGCAGAGCACUGUAGGUGUGGAAGAAGAAGAAGAAGAAGAAAGACAUGAAAUUUCAGAGUCAUGGAGCCAAAGGAAGCAAACCCUAAUACUCGAAAUCUCAUCCAAGCUCAUCAAUGGUGAUCUUGAGGCCAAAAUUGAAGCCGCCAGAGACAUCAGAAACUUGGUCAGGAAGUCUUCUUCUUCCUCCUCCUCCUCUUCUUCUUCUGCGGCCAAGACUCGAUUAAAGUUGGGAGCUUCAGGUGUGAUUCCACCUUUGGUGACUAUGCUGGUCUCUCCUAACCCAGAUGCUCGCCAGGCUUCUCUUCUAGCUCUUCUCAACCUCGCUGUUCGCAAUGACCGAAACAAAGUCAAGAUUGUGACAGCUGGAGCUGUUCCUCCUCUUGUUGAGCUCCUCAAGUUCCAAAAUGGUAGCUUAAGGGAUUUAGCCACUGCAGCAAUCUUAACACUGUCAGCUGUUGCAUUGAACAAGCCAAUUAUUGCGGCUUCUGGAGCUGCACCGCUCCUUGUUCAGAUCCUCAGCUCCGGAAGUGUUCAAGGAAAGGUUGAUGCCGUGACUGCCCUACACAACCUCUCUUCCUGCAAAGACAAUGCGACUCCAAUUCUUGAUGCUACAGCUGUUCCUCCUCUUAUAAACCUCCUCAAAGAAUGCAAAAAGUAUUCCAAGUUUGCUGAAAAAACUUCUGCCCUUCUCGAAAUCCUAUCCAACUCAGAAGAAGGGCGCGUUGCAAUCUCAAACUUAGAGGGUGGGAUCUUAACCUUAGUAGAGACUGUUGAAGAUGGAUCCAUUGUCAGCACAGAACAUGCUGUUGGAGCUUUGCUCACUCUAUGUGAGAGCUGUCGAGAUAAAUACCGGGAACUCAUUCUUAAAGAAGGUGCAGUCCCGGGCCUUCUGCGGUUGACUGUAGAUGGCACAGCUGAAGCUCGGGAGAAAGCUCGUAUACUUCUGGAUUUGCUGAGAGAUUCUCCCCAGGAAAAGCAUUUGGCGUCGUCAGUUCUGGAGAGAAUCGUAUACGACAUUGCCACGAGGGUCGAUGGAGCUGAUAAAGCUGCUGAAACCGCAAAGAGGUUACUGGAAGAUAUGGUUAAACGAAGCAUGGAGCACAGCAUGAGUCGCAUUCAGCAGAGAGCCGCGUCUUGUACACCUUCUAAUAUUCAGUCUACAUGAUGCUUUCGGUUCACAAAAAAAAAAAAAAAAAAAAACCUGGUAUAGAGUUUUAAUCUGUAUCUCUAUGUAUUUGUUUGGGCGGAUAGACUCUCAACUCAGCUAAAUCACUCUCCAGAAGUAGUUAGGAAUCACUGGAGUUGACAUGUUGGUUUAGAGUAGGUGUUAACAAGUGGCAUUGUGGAUGCAUUGUACUUGUAAAUCUCAACUUCGGUCAUGUAUAUACAAAUUUCACUCGGCUAUUUUUACUGCAGAUUUCUUCUGAUUA